AGGCGAAAGCGCCAUUGAGGACUUGAAACUUUUGAUUGCGCCCGAUGCCGCCACCUUGAUUUCUCAAGGUGAUUCUUUGGUGCUAGAGACUCACGGCAAACAGGGAAAUCUCUCACGUUUGGUUAUGAAAACACAGAUUAUAUUACGAGAGAAAUUCCGUGAGGUGCAGCAAUCCAAAUCCAAAGUACCUGGCUUGCCGCAACACACCGAUGACAACAAUACGCCCAGUCCACGUUCUACACUUGAAAAGCUUAACAUCGAUCUAGAAGAACUCGUCACGAAAGGUCUCAAACGCAUAAACGAUCUAAUUGAGAAGCCAUACGAUAAGAAAUCUAUUGAGGCACUAGAGCGCCGCCUUGAGGAGAUUAGC